AUGAGCUCUGCUGUGGCUUCGGCCUUGCACGGCUUGGUCGGGCCUCUGGUUGGACUGAACAGGAGGCUGGUUGUUUGCGAGCCUUGUGCUGGAAUAAGUGCCUGGAAAGCCAUAUGUGACAGCGUCGGAUUAGUUUGGUCCCCCGAGGAUUGCUACGAGUUUGAUGCAGCUUUAGGUGCCUUUUGGAGGAAGCAUUUGGGAACACGUGCCCAGUCCAUGCAUCUGGACAAAGCUGGUGACAUCAACUUCAUAAAUUGCAAUGGUCUUGAGAGUGACGUCGAGGUGCUGGUGGCAGGACCACCAUGUCAGCCUUGGAGUCCCAGUGGCAAGCGAGGGGGUGAAUACGACGACAGGAGUUUGGUUUAUUUGCAGGUGAUCAGCAUGAUCGUGCAUUAUGCACACAAAG